UGCCCACGCGGAGGGAGGGCGGGGUGUGGGCCGAGGGCCGAUGCCUUUGAAGCCGCCAACCCGCCUUCGCAUCCCGGGUCUGAGCACAGAACAGAGGCUGCGGCGCAGCCACUAAACUCGCUUUACGAGGACGCAGCCACUCAGGAGGCAGUCAACCCCGAGGUUCCCAGGAUGUUCUGAGGCCGGCAGGUCGGGGCUCAGCCGCCGGGGGAGCAGGUGGGCCCCGCCCACCGGCAGGGACGCAUAAAAGCAGCCGGGCCCCGGGGACACGCACAGCUGGAGCAGCCUCAGCAGGUGGCUCGCCUCUUCUCUCGCCUCUCCGCUCGCCUCUCCGCUCCGCCCGCACCAUGUCCUACCACUGCUCCCCGAGGACCGGCUCGGCCAGGCCCCUGGCGGGCGCCUGCCCCGUCCCGGGGGUCCCGGGGGCCUCGGGCUCCACGCACGACGUCGACUACCUGAGCGGCAUCUGCCUGCCCAGCUCCUUCCAGACGGGCUCCUGGCUGCUGGACCACUGCGCCCAGGAGCCCAGCGGCGAGCCCCCGGCCUGUCCCCCGGCGUCUCGCGUCGCCAGCCCUGGGCGGGUGGCCUGCUCGCGACAGCCCGCCCGCGUGGCCAGCCCCUGCUCCACCGCCUGCAGCCGGCCGCUCACCUUCGUGUCCAGCAGCUGCAAGCCCGCGGGCGGCUCCGCCGUGUGCCAGCCGGGCGGCGCCCCCAGGACCUACAAGCGGCCCUGCGUGUCCAGCUGCCGGAGGACCUGCUGAGCCGCGGGCGUCGGUGAGCGAGCAAGACCCUGCGACCUGCCCGCCGCCCGGCCCCCUCGCUGCUGCCCGGCCCCCGUCCUGCCCUCGCUGACGGCCUGUGCCUCCUGGACGUGUCCCGGCUCCGCUGCUGCGUCUCCCGGCUGCUGAUUUCUUGCUUCUGAGCGAAGGAGCUUGUCUCGCUUGGUGCCUUUCAAUAAACCCGCAUCACUCGC